AAGUCACAAAUUUAUUCUAAGGAAGAAUACCUUGAUCUUCUAGAAUUCAGGCAUUUUUUGCUGCCACCUUGCAUCCUCUAUCUUGUCUCUUCUGCUGCCACCAGCUGGCUUCCACUACUGCUAAAUUUCAGCAACCAGCAGGAUUCAAUUCAGUGCUUUGUUUUGACUGCUGAGUCCCUGAUGAAAACACCAAGUCAGUUGAAUAACUAAAUUUUUAGGCUGGAAACAGAAAAGCACAACCUACGCAUUUCCUGUGUACUUUCUAUCAGAUAGCCACAUGGUAGCUGGUACUUGUCCCAGUAAGUGGUCCAGACAAGGCUGCAGGCUAACAAAAGAGAAGACAUUUCGGUUCUUAAGUUAAUAUUCUGCUCCCAGAGAAGAAUAUUGUUAAAAACUAUAGAGUCAUUAUAUAAGAACAGACAAAGGUCAGAACAAACACAAUAGUGUAUCCAUAGUCUCAGUAUAUGGCCAGGCAUGGUGGCUCACACCUGUAAUCCCAGUACUUUGGGAGGCGGAGGCCGGCAGAUCACCUGAGGUCAAGAGGUCGAGACCAGCCUGGCCAACAUGGUGACACCUUGUUUCUACUAAAAAUACAAAAAUUAGCUGGGAGUGGUGGUAUGUGCCUGUAAUCCCAGCUACUCAGGAGGCGGAGGCAGGAGAAUUGCUUGAGCCUGGGAGACGGAGGUUGCAGUGAGCCAAGAUCGUGCGACUGCACUCCAGCCUGGGCGACAAGAGAGAGACUACGUCUCAGAAAAGAAAAAAGUCUCAGUAUAGUGUUAAGCUUUUAAUAACUUCAGGAGUAUAAAUUAUAUGAACUCAUACAUUAUUUGAAAGUAAAAUUAUUUAACUGUAUUAACUAUAAAAUUAUUUAACUGCCUAUUUGGUUUGUGAAUUUUUGAACAGUCAAUGUGUUUUAAUUUUUUGUUUCAGUCAAUGUUGCCAUCUUCUGUUAAAGGGACUAAAAAAUUUAAAAAUGUUCAAAAUUCACAAAAUAAAAUAAGCACAUAAGAAAUUUAAAUAAACCUUCAAGUGACUUUUUGCAAAUUUGCAGCAUUAAUACUUCAGAAAUUAUUAAAGCUUAAAACAGCACUAAGUCUUUUGGGAUAUUUGUAUAUGGUAAACUGUGGAGUAACAGGGUGCUUGAAUACAAACUUUUAUAAUUUACACCCAGCUAUGUCCAAAGAAAACUGAAAUCAUUUAUAACAACACAUACACACACAAAUAGGCAAAGAUAUGUAAAACAGUCAUAAGCUGUCUUGAAGCUGGAGAAACAUGUCCCUAAGUGAGUAAAACUUUAGGAAAAGCAGGAAGAAUGAGGCAAAUUAGUAGCAAUAUUUGUCAUAUAGGUUUCUGGUAUUAUUGUAUAUUUUCACUUGGAAGGGGGUUGAGGAUACAUUUUUAUUUGGGAUACUUGUUCUUGAGAUAGUAUUAUGUUCUCAAUAUUUUGGUAUUAGCAUUAUUAUAGCUAAUGAUGCUUUUCCAGAAAAGCUGAAACAAGUAACUUUUAAAGAUGCACAUAAAUAGAACGUAAAAAAAAACCCAAUAAAUAGUUUUCUUUCCUCUUAGAGAUUAUCUAGUUCAGUGGUUCUCAACCUUGGCUGCACAGUGCAGUGACUUGAGGAGCUUAAAAAGUAUAAAUGCUUGGGUCCCACUGAGCAUCUGAUUUAAUUGGUCGAGGAUACAGAACGGGCAUCGGGAAUUUUAAAAGACCUUGGUGAUCCUAAAGUGCAGGUAAGGUUGAGAGCUGCUGCUCUAGUUCAAUAUAUAAUCAGGUAUACAUCAACAUUAAAAUGUGUAGGUGUUCAGAGUUCUGAUUUUUAACCAUAGCACCAUCUCAAAUAUUAUAAAAGGUUGAAAAAAGAGCCUAAUUUAAUCAACGUGGAUAAAUUUCAAAAAGCAUGUUGAACGAUACAAGCCAGACACAAAGAGUACUUAUUGCAUUCUAUUUACAUAAAGUUAAAAAUAAUCAGAACAGGGGGAAGGGCUAUUGACUAGGAAGGGACACAAGAAGGAAAUUCCUGAGAGGGAAAUUUUCUCUAUUUUGAUUAGGGUACAUGGACAUAUAUAUAUAUAUAUUUAUCAAAACUCACAGAAAUGGACAAUUGAGCUCUGUAUGUAUGAUUUCAUUACAUGUAAAUUUACACUUCAGUAAAAAGGAUAAACAUAAUUAAAUCUGGAUAUCUAUGACAGGGUCAGGGAGGGAGAGACGAUUACUUCAGACGACCCCAAAUCCUCAUGAGUUAAAAGAAACAGCAAACCCCUGACCAGAACUGAGGAGAAUGGAGAGUAGACAGCAGGGAGGGCCAAAGCCUAAGAAAUUGCUACAAGACUAGACGCCGAGUUCGAACUACUGCCAGGACGGCAGCGCCCGAGCGCCCGCAAAAAUAAGCACCCGUGCCAUUUCCGGUACUAGCAACCCCCCCCCCCCCGUAUGUCCUCACUGGAAGAGUCCGGUGGGAAACCGUGCCACCGCAAGGAAGGAGCCGGCGGUAGCUUGGUUCCUGAGCGGAUGCUGGGGCUGUAAGGCGCGCGCGGUCAGCUGUUGGCGGUGCAGGGAGGAGGACGCCGGGGCUCGCCUUCCCUCCUCUGCCGCCGCCGCCGCCAUGAUUCCGGUGUCGCUGGUGGUGGUGGUGGUGGGUGGCUGGACUGUCGUCUACCUGACCGACUUGGUGCUGAAGUCAUCUGUCUAUUUUAAACAUUCUUAUGAAGACUGGCUGGAAAACAAUGGAUUGAGCAUCUCCCCUUUCCACAUAAGAUGGCAAACUGCUGUUUUCAAUCGUGCCUUUUACAGUUGGGGACGGCGGAAAGCAAGGAUGCUUUACCAAUGGUUCAAUUUUGGAAUGGUGUUUGGCGUAAUUGCCAUGUUUAGCUCAUUUUUUCUCCUUGGAAAAACGCUGAUGCAGACUUUGGCACAAAUGAUGGCUGACUCUCCCUCUUCUUAUUCUUCCUCCUCUUCUUCCUCUUCCUCCUCUUCUUCCUCUUCCUCUUCAUCUUCUUCCUCUUCCUCCUCCUCGCUUCACAAUGAACAGGUGUUACAAGUUGUGGUUCCUGGUAUAAAUUUACCCGUCAAUCAACUGACCUAUUUCUUCGCGGCAGUUCUCAUUAGUGGUGUUGUACAUGAAAUUGGACAUGGGAUAGCAGCUAUUAGGGAACAAGUUCGAUUUAAUGGCUUUGGGAUUUUUCUCUUCAUUAUUUAUCCUGGAGCAUUUGUUGAUCUGUUCACCACUCAUUUGCAACUUAUAUCACCAGUCCAGCAGCUAAGGAUAUUUUGUGCAGGUAUCUGGCAUAAUUUUGUCCUUGCACUCUUGGGUAUUUUAGCUCUUGUUCUCCUCCCAGUAAUUCUCUUGCCAUUUUACUACACUGGAGUCGGGGUGCUCAUCACUGAAGUUGCUGAGGACUCUCCUGCCAUUGGACCCAGAGGCCUUUUUGUGGGAGACCUUGUCACCCAUCUACAGGAUUGUCCUGUUACUAAUGUGCAAGAUUGGAAUGAAUGUUUAGAUACCAUCGCCUAUGAGCCUCAAAUUGGUUACUGUAUAAGUGCAUCAACUUUACAGCAGUUAAGUUUCCCAGUUAGAGCAUACAAACGACUAGAUGGUUCAACUGAAUGCUGUAACAAUCACAGCCUCACAGAUGUGUGCUUUUCCUACAGAAAUAAUUUUAAUAAGCGUUUGCAUACAUGUCUUCCUGCCCGGAAAGCAGUUGAAGCGACCCAAGUUUGCAGAACCAAUAAAGACUGUAAAAAAAGCUCAAGUUCAAGUUUCUGUAUAAUACCUUCUUUGGAAACUCACACUCGCUUAAUAAAAGUAAAACACCCACCUCAAAUUGAUAUGUUAUACGUAGGACAUCCUCUGCAUCUUCACUACACAGUGAGCAUCACCAGUUUUAUCCCACGUUUUAACUUUCUAAGCAUAGAUCUGCCAGUGGUUGUGGAGACAUUUGUCAAAUACCUGAUUUCCCUCUCAGGAGCUCUGGCUAUUGUUAAUGCAGUACCAUGCUUUGCUUUGGAUGGACAAUGGAUUCUAAACUCUUUCUUGGAUGCCACCCUUACCUCAGUGAUUGGAGACAAUGAUGUCAAAGAUCUAAUAGGGUUUUUCAUCUUGCUGGGUGGCAGUGUACUUUUGGCUGCCAAUGUGACCCUGGGACUCUGGAUGGUUACAGCACGGUAAUGUUUGCACUCAUCUGACAGAAUCCCUGAGUUACAGUAUACAGCUAUGUGGUAAUAUCCAUUGCCAUUGAAAUUCUUACUUGGUAUGAAAUAUAAAGUGUUUCCUUAAAGUUACAUCUUAGCCAACAACCCUGAGCUCCUCCCAUAUCCAGAGUACGCAAACUCUGUGGUAGAAGAUAAGCAGAAGAAAUGAAAGGCAUAGUCCCUGACUAUAUUCUAAUUUAGGACUGAAUGUACCCAGAUGCUUGUGGAAUAAUAUCUAAGCAAGUGCAAAUUCAUGUAAUACCGUUUCAUGUGAUUACAUAUUGUGUUGAAAUAGUAUAAAGGAGAACAGAACUGGGUGGAAUUAAUUGGGAAAAACUUCUUACAAAAGCAUCAUUAAUCAAAAUUUGAAUGAGACCAGACUUUGGCCAAAUGGAAGGAUGACCAUUGUCUUGGCCUGUAUCUCUUGUCCUUUGUCUUGUUUGAAAAGUAUUUUAAGGCCGGGCGCGGUGGCUCACGCUUGUAAUCCCAGCACUUUGGGAGGCCGAGGCGGGCGGAUCACGAGGUCAGGAGAUCGAGACCACGGUGAAACCCCGUCUCUACUAAAAAACACACAAAAAAAUUAGCCGGGCGUGGUGGCGGGCGCCUGUAGUCCCAGCUACUCAGAGAGGCUGAGGCAGGAGAAUGGCGUGAACCCGGGAGGCGGAGCUUGCAGUGAGCCGAGAUUGCGCCACUGCACUCCAGCCUGGGUGACAGAGCAAGACUCCGUCUCAAAAAAAAAAAAAAAAAAAAGAAAAGUAUUUUAAAAUUUAAUGGUGUAUUAUUUUGUGCUCUGAAAGCUGAGGUCUGAUUACAAUUAGUAAAAUUCUAUAGAAGAAUCUGCUGACGUGAAAGGGAAAAAUCUUUGUCAAAUGAUACCAAAUAAAUGAACAAAACAGGAAGUAGGGCCUAUGAUGUUAUCAUGAGACAUGUUUUGCCCCACAGGAAUUGCAUCUUUGAUAAGGUGUCUCUGCCCCCUCAUAAAGCAGCACUAGCUUUGACAUCCACAGUGAGCUGCAGGAAGCAUCACACACCAGCAGCAUGUGAGCUGAGGGAGGCAGUUGGGGUUGAACCUGGGAACUAGGCCGGAUCUCCUGACAGAUCACAAGACACCCCAGAGGAUCUUCAGCAGUCCUGCUUCCUAUUCUCUAUAGAGCUUUGAAGCUUGGAACCCUUCCAGGGUAAAUAUUUUCUCUUGUGCUGCUGAGGCCAUCUGGGGCCUAGCUCCUGGGUUCCUGUCUCCAAGAAGCAAUGACCUUAAACUCUGAGCCAUACUCUGUCCUCACCAGCGGCUCCCAUGUUUUUCUGUGUCAGGUUAUUAAGUACCUAGUCCUUGUUUUCCGUCUCUCUCGUAAGCUACCUCUCUGGGUCCACAGAAGACUUGGUAGUAUAGUGAGAAUGGCUAUACGUGAGUACAAAUGUGGAUUUUCCAGAGCUUGGGAACUGACUCUUGAGCCCAGAAGAGCCACGCCUGCUUCGAGGUCUUUUGGAGUGGAGAUGCAGCCUUGGGAAAUUUGGGAAGUCAGCAGGCCAGUGUGAAGCUAUUGGUCCUAGAAGUAUAUGAGCUUGCUGUUUCUUUGAUGGAAAAUACAUGCUUCUCUCGUAUACUCAGAAGUGAUUAAGGGCAAUAACUCAUUAAUAGCCAUCUAUCCAACUUCUUUACUGAGUGGUGUAUUCCAUGGGGUUACCUUUUUCAGAUUAUUGAUUUGCUCUGUAAGCACUAAAACUUUUUAAUCAUUUUUAAGAAACUUUUUAGAUUGUAUUACAAAUUUGCCUUAACAGAAAUUAGACGUUGAAUAUAAUUUUAACAUUUUAUUAAUGACUUGGGUCAUCGGUUAAUACCAGUGCUAAAACCAUACCAAUUAUUGGUUUAUUCCAGAAAAUAUAGCAUUUGUUCUAUUUUUAGGUAGACAGUCAUUUGGGAUCAGAGUAUAUUAGCAUAAUAAUGCUCAGACCUGUUCAAGUAGUAGAGCUUGGAGAAUGCCAUGAAAUACUUAUAUAAUUAAUUUGAUCACAUGAACUAAGCAAUUUACUAAUGAAAAGGUUGUAUAUGUGCAAGUCAGUUUUUUAAAAACCAAGAAAAAAUUUUAAUAGAGGAAAUCUUAUUCAUUAAUUUAUUUUUCUGAGUGAAAAAACGAAACCCAAAUCUCAUUUUAUUUCAGCUGUUAAACAUUUUGAUCUGUUGACCCAUAGGAUCAGGGUUUGGGAACCACUUUACUAGGAAAGAGCAGAUCAGUACCAUUUGUAUAAAACUGGCCUCAUUAUGUAAGAAAGAAAACGUUACGUGUUUUCUUCUUUAGCUUGGUUGUGGGCACUUCUACAGCAAGGACCAUAUCAUAUUCAUCUUUGCAUCCCUGGCACAGUGCAUGAGACAUAAGUACUUAAUAAAUGCAGUUGAAUGGAUAAUGAUUAGUGUUAUUUAUGGAUUAGAAAAAGCAUGUUUCUAUUUAAGCUGUAAAAAGUAUUAUUGAAUAUUUACUGUAAAUAUAUGUUCACAUAAAAAAAAUAACUUGGAAGGUCUUUGUGUCCCUGGCAUAUUAUCAUCUUCAUGGAAAGAAUCCACUAUGGUUUCUGUAGAGUGAUUGGAAAAAUGGAUUAUUUUCAGGAUUGAAGAAAGUGUUCUUUCUGUGUUGUCACUUUGUUCAACAGUAAAACUUUAUUCUCAGUGUUCCUACCCUGCAUUGUUUACAUUUUUGAGAGUUUUUUUUAAUCACCUACAAUCUGUAAAGAAUGUAUAUAUUCUUUUCAGCAUCUCAGUUUGAAAAGACAUGCAGUUAAACUUGACCUUUUGAUAAUCGCUCUUACAGGUCAUUGUCUGUUCUAACAGCAAAUUGUAAACAUGUGCUUCAUAGAUAUUGUGGCUCUCAGUCAUCACUUUGUCCUAUGGUAUUUAUUGAAUGUUCACAUACUAAUGGUGCACAGGUGUUUUUUUCUAUAAAUCUUCUGACUGUCCUGUAAUUCAUUCUUAAGCUUUAACCUGAAGAUAUCGUAAUUGCCGGCAUUUGAUGUUUAGCAAUAAAAGAAUAAAUGUGUACCAGCAUUUUAUGUUUA